UUAUUUAUUUUUUGUAUACCAAACCUAAAGAAGAGUUAGUUAAAUUCACAAAUAGUUCUACAAGUUAAUUAGCUUGUUUCCUAGGGAAGUAAUGAAAAUGGCCUAUUCAAAGGCUUUGCUGCUUGCCCUUAUUGCUGUGACUCUUGUCAUAUGCUCAGCUCGUCAGUUGGCUGAAUCUUCCACCACUGAGAAAUCACAGUCUGUGGAGGAGUCUAAGUAUGGACACUAUGGUGGCGGCCACUAUGGAGGACAUGGUGGCAGUCACUAUGGUCAUGGUGGACACGGCGGUCAUUACCCGCCCAAAGAAGAGGAGUCCGUGGAGGAGUCUAAGCAUGGACACUAUGGACAUGGUGGUGGUUAUGGACAUGGUGGUGGAUAUAGCCAUGGUGGUGGUUAUGGACAUGGUGGUGGAUAUAGCCAUGGUGGUGGUUAUGGACAUGGUGGUGGAUAUGGCCAAGGUGGCGGUUAUGGACAUGGUGGGGGAUAUGGCCAAGGUGGCGGUUAUGGACAUGGUGGGGGAUAUGGCCAUGGUGGCGGUUACGGACAUGGUGGUGGAUAUGGCCAAGGCGGUGUUUACGGACACGGUGGACAUGGUGGUCACUAUCCUCCAAAUGAGAUAAAAACUUCCCAAGAACAAAAGGGUAACUAAUAAGUAAUGGCUAUAAAAUGUGCGGAGUGUCGAUAUUAUUAUAUGUGAAUAAUGUACUGAUCAAAGAGUUGGGUAUUAUCAUGUUUUUUCUUGUAGUUGGUCAUGUACUGAUCAUCCUUUCAUGUACCAUUUAUAAUUUCCAAAUUAUCCAACAUUAAAAUAAUAAAAUUAGACGUUGUAUUUGAAGUUACAUGCAUGUUAUA